UUUUUUCAGACCAAUAACGGGCCAUACAGACUUUAAAAAUGCCUUAAUUACUGCAGACCCGAGUAUGUAUACAAGUUGUGAUAUUAAAGGUUCUGUUAAGGGAAAGAAUAUUAUUGAAAUAGAGGAUGGAGGUUCUAUAAGUAAUUUAAUUAUUGAUGUCCCGGCAAAGGGGAUUUGGUGUAAAGGAAGGUGUACAUUAACUAAUGUUUUGUGUACAUUAACUAAUGUUUUGUGAGUUUUUUUAAUAAACAAAAAAUUAAAAAAUGGUUUUG